UCAGCUUACUCAGCCCUUUCCACCAUUCCCCGACAUGAACCACCGCAUCAGCUCGCCUCUUUAACACUGUUCCUGUAAUCGACACCGAGACACUUGAAAAGGCCAAGAAACUCUCCCUGGACAUCGCCCCUCUCUUCCUCCAACCCUACCGUAUAUAAUACACUUGACACCAUGGAAGAAUAAAAGAAAUAAAUCACCUCCUUUUCCCAUCCACUCCUCUUCCUCUCUUGCUAUCUCUUUGCCUCCCCCAACUUUCCUCUCUAUGCUACCACUUGUGCAUACUUGAUUCUCUACCUUCUCUUAAAUCCUAUCAUCUUUAAGAAAGAACUAUUAUUUUUAUUAUUAUUAGGAGGAGGAGGAGGAGGAGGAGGAGGAGGAAGAAGAAGUAGUGACAGCAUGGUUUUUUCCUCUGUUCCAGUCUAUCUGGAUCCACCCAACUGGAACCAGCAACGAUCGAUUCAGCGUCCAGCCGCUGCAGGUGGCGGCGGUGAGGCUCCUCAGCUUCCUCACAUGCAGUCGGCACAGCGACCAGAAGCUGGCACCGCUGCUGCCGGCUCAGCCAGGCCCAUCUCCAUGACCGAACGAGCUCGCCUCGCCAAGAUCGUCCCGCAGCCGGAGCAGCAGCUCAGGUGCCCGCGUUGCGACUCCACCAACACCAAGUUCUGCUACUUCAACAAUUAUUCCCUGUCACAGCCUCGCCACUUCUGCAAGACCUGCCGUCGCUACUGGACCCGAGGCGGCGCUCUCCGAAACGUUCCCGUGGGCGGAGGCUGCCGUCGCAACAAGAGGAAUAAAUCUACAGGGAGCUCCUCGAAAUCGGCAGCCACUACCUUCACGGCUGACCGCCAGCCGGGACCCUCGUCCGCGUCUCCAGACGUCGUCACUGGUGGCGGUGGCGCUAUCCUGCCUAGCAUGCCCCAGCCGGCCCAAUUGCCCUUCUUGGCUUCCAUGCACACACUGGCCGACUACGGUGCCUCAAACCUCGGCCUCAACUUUGAGGGUAUUCCCACCAUCGAUGCAGCGGAUUAUCAUGUGGGAAGCAGUUCCGGCAUCGGGCUCGAACAGUGGAGACUGCCGCAGAUCCAGCAAUUCUCUCUCCUGGGAGGAUUGGAGCCACCACAGCCGGCUGGGGUGCAACCCGUGUCGGGACUGUACAAUUUCUACGGGGAAGGCGGGAGCGGCGGCGGCGCAGGUAGAGACCUCGCUAGGGUUCCCGGCUCUUCACUGAUCACGCAGCUGGCUUCGGUGAAGGUGGAAGACAAAUCUCAGGGUCGUAAUCUUCCAAGGGAGUAUUUAGGUCUUCCAGGCAGCGAGCAAUAUUGGCACGGCGGCGAUGGCGGUGGCAACAGCAGCGGAGGUUGGGCCACAGAUCUCGCGGGAUUCAACUCUUCCUCAGCCGGCAACAUCUUGUAAUUUCAGGUUCCAUCACUAGAGUUUCAUUUCGGCUGUAACCAUAAGCCUCGCAAGCUGAAGUAUAGCAAUCUCAGAGAGCAGAUGAUGAAGAACAUGCUGAUGGUGGGUAGGUUAGUGUAUCAUCCAUCUACUUUGUGUUGGUUGUUUCCUAUCUUACUUUUGCGCAGUACGUUUAGAGAGAGGAAGUGCAUGAACUCAUGCAGAGUUGUAUCUCUGACAUAAGGUUGGCUGUCAACAAUGAAUCAUAGUAAUGUGCUCCAUUGGCUUGUGUGGAA